AUGGCUCAUGCGGAGAAGCCGCAUAUACCUCCACCAAGACCUAUGAAGAGUCUGACGUCGCAUUGGAGAAGGUUGGAAGCAGACACACUUCAGUGGAUAUCUUGCUAUGAUGAAGCGGGUAGACUUCCGGAGGGAGGGAGUGAUUACAACGAAGCUGACCGUAUAAAAAGUACGUCGAAGCUUUUUCAUCUCGCCCAAGGUCGCAAUUUCACUUAUCCUCACGCGGUUGAAAUGCUUAAUAAAGAUCCAAAGUGGGGGCCAAAGCUGAGAUGGUCCUUAUCAAAGAAGGAAAGAAAAGCUGCUUGUGAUGCUGAGGAGCAAGGUAGUGCUGGAAGUGGGAAGAGGUCCAGAGAUGAUGUAGAGGAUGAAACCCCUACGGAUGGUUUUUCAUCUGGAGGAAUACAACGACCCGAAGGUGUGAAGAAAGCAAAGGCCAAGCGUAAAGGGAAAGAAGUAGCUACAGAAAGUGGUUCGUCUGACCUUAGCGAACGAAUGAAGGAAUUCGCUACAAUUUGCGAAAGGGAGGCCAUUCUGAAGGAAGAGAGGAUCAAAAUUGAAAAGGAUAAGGAACAGAGGAAACGGGAGGAAUUUGACAUUCAUAAGAUGAGAACCAUGUUUGAUAUACUGCAAACUCUGAAGAAUUUGCCUACGCCACUCACUCCUGAAGAAGAGUCGUACAAGAAUUUUUUACUGGGUAAAUUACAAGGCUUUUAA